CACAGGUUCUCCUUCAUGUUUGGAAGUGGAGGGUGAGUUGAGGGGUGUUCAGCUGCAACAUGACCACUUCACCACUAGAUGUCACUAGAUUCUACACACUAAACAUUUAACUUCAAGAAGUGCACUGGAAGUUGUUGGAAAAAGGAUCAGCUCUUUUAAACUCCCCCAAGACAAACAAUAAUUUGAUUAUUUGAUUUUAGUACAUCCUCUAUUUAUAUGAAUAUUUAUAAAAUCGUAUUUUUAAUAGCUUCCAUGUCAUGUGACCCACUGACUCCAAACAAAUGCUGAACUGUAUUGUAAACACGGUCCCUAGUGAAAGCCCAUUGAUCUGGAGGGAACAAAUACAUCCAACCUAAAACUAACUUCACCAAGGUGUCAAAUCUCAGCCAAUUACCAGUGACAGUGAGGAGCGUGAUUACUCCUAAUCCUGGAUUAACAGCAAAUAAAUCUCACUGCAGUCGCAGACCAGGCAUCGUACGGAGUAAAACAACGCUGCUUAAAACGUGGUAUUCAUUAUACCAGAACUAUGGACAUGAGUAUUUUCAGACCAGCAGUUAUCCUCCAGUUAGAUAGUAUUUUAAUGCUAAUUAUUAGCCUUCAGCUCGUCUCUUCUUAUGAAAUCUCCUCACUUAUAAGAAUGGGGAAUUUCACAUCGUCCACGACUGGGAGUCUGUCGAGCACAUCCUGCGUACAGUAUGUUCAGGAAGUGGUGUCACAGAACUGUGUCGUGAUAUUCUCCAAGUCCACCUGUCCUUAUUGCAAAAUGGCCAAGAACGUGUUCAAUGAAAUCGGUGCCAACUACAAAGUGGUCGAACUGGAUGAACACAAUGACGGGAGGAGACUGCAAGAGGCCUUAGCUCAGGUGACCGGUGCCAGAACGGUGCCGAGAGUCUUCAUCAACGGAAACUGCAUCGGCGGCGGCUCCGACACCAAACAGCUCCACCAGCAGGGGAGGCUGGUGCCCCUGAUCAAACAGUGUGCCCCCUGCUGCUCCAGCUCCGAGGGCUCCGCCAGCGGACAGUUCGCUAAAUGACUAACCGUUCUUAUCAUAUCUCUCAAUCCUGUAUUUAUUCAUUGUUUGCUCGAUCUGAUGCGACAGGUUUUACAAUGCUUGAGCGCACCUGUUAUGUUUUUAUCCAAGUGCAUUGGAUGUUUCAUGUUUAAAACGCAUAUGUUUUCAUGCAGGGAUGUUACAGUACUAUUGUUAAAGCUGCCAUAUUUUAAACACAGCCUGUGAAUAGGUGAACUACUUCAGAUCUCUUUUGCAUGGUGGUUUUUUUUUUUUAAAAACCAUAUUACACUCACGAACAAGCACGACCUCUGGCAUCAAGCGUCAUCAAAAGUGUUGACUCACGUUCUGUUAAUGGAUUUUGAGGGAAUUUGUUAAUGUCUUGUCACACUGAAAUAACUGCAGAUUUGUUUUUAUGUUAUCAGCAUUUAAAAAAAACGUCAUAUCUAAUUGAAAAAUAAAUGUUGGUUAAUUGCAUAGACUGUAAAUGGAAAAUCAUAUAGUCGUUUUGUGUUUUUUACUUGCAUGUCGAAACAUUUUCCAUUUCAAUCGCUGUGUGAGUUUAUUUAAAAUUAGGUAGGUGGUUAUUUUGUGUGUAAGGAAUCAUGAUGCUGCUCGGUGUGAUGCAUAUUUAAGUUAAUGGGCAUAUGUAUGAAGACAAAUUAUGUUUUUUAAUAAACUGAAUGUAUUACGAUAUUUAAUAAAUAUGAAACAACUAUUUUUCUGAUUGUC